UCAACUCUCCAGGUAACGAACAACGAGCUUUGAUAACUGGCAGCAAUACCGAGGUGAUGUUACUGGACAACAAAACGUUGGUCCUGAAAAGCCUUGCAAAGACUGAUGAGAAUGACGCUUUCGAUGGGUCGUAUUUAGACCAGAUGAGUGUUAGCGAUGGCUUGAGUGACAUGGCAUCCUUAGUGAGCCGCAACGAUCACGUGAGAGACAUUGGAACAUCGGUCGACGAAUUGGGCAAGAAAUUCCCGCGGAAAGCGUAUUCGCGGAGCGCGAGCUCGGCGAGUUCAAGUUACACUCCGCGUGGAAGACGCCUCAAGAAAAGCGUGACGUCGCUGUCCAUAUGGAGUCUUCAGUCCGUUCCAAUGAGCCCAACGUCACCGGCGGACGUCGAAAUCGGGGAUAUGAUGCCAGUCUAUACAUCGUUUCGCGAUGCACACGGUUACUCGGCUUUGAGUAAUUUACGGAGACAACGAAGUAUCAACAGAGAUAUUGAAUCGCGAAUCGGUGGAUUUAAUCAAUCGUUCGCCAUCGUUGGACCACCAAUCCCAGAAUCCCGUCCACUGUCCUUAGACCUGGCUGAAAGUCACACAUCGGGAUCAUCUGCCCUACCGACCCCCUCCCCUCUGGAGCAUCAAUAUGGCAGAAAAGUGAAGACCGCGAGUUCCGCCAGAGGAAACGAGUUUUUGGGAUUGACAUUGCCCUGUGAACUAACCGACUUCUUCAUGGUUGCCGAAUCUCAGUUCAAAGGAUCGUGGGCUGCGAAUUUUAAUGGUAUUUCCACAAGUAUACCGCAGGAAUCAACGAUUCCGGAGUCUGAAGCGACAGACAUUCUAAAAGGAAAAGCAUCGCAUGAUGUCACGCAUUGUCUGUCGUGUAUGGACAUAUCCAAUGUCACCGGUCUACAUCACGUUGUCCGGCAAGCAUCAAUAGAGUCAAAUGAAGCCGGCUCGGCCGGUAAGACUGACUGCCCUGAUAAAAUUGUGACUUUGCCCAACGGACCCACAAAUAGCGAGACUCCGUCUUCUGGAAGCGUUCUGGAAAAAUUCCUCAAGGGCAAACGAGGUGAAGCGAUCACUUCAAAGGAACGAAGUUUGAUUAAGCGAGAAAUCUUGAGACUGGUUGUGAAUUUGAGCAGUGCUGUGACAUCCAAGUCACAUCAACAGUCUCUUCGAAGUUGGAAAGAAAACGUGCCACAGAUGUUUGAAGAUCUUUGUUUAUACAGUCAGGUGAUUGAACAAAUGAGUUUGUAUAAUUACAAGUUGACCAUGCGAAGAUUUAUCCAAUCCUUUUUUGAGCCAGUGAAAUUUACUCAGCUGUUGGACCAAGCAGAUGCAAUAAUUAAGAAACACAGCAGUUAGAUAAAAUUGAAAACAAUUCAGCUAGGCUGUUUAAAAUAAACUGCGUUUUGCCGCUUAUCAUAUGUAUAUUUCGUUCA